AUGCGCGACGCGCUCGAUCGCCUCGCGUCGGACGCGCUGGUGGUUCUGAACGACCUCGGCGACGCGGUCGACGCGCCGAGCGCGUACGGGGACGCGCACGGGACGCGCUUGAGCGCCGCGGAUGCGAAUUUGUUGAAAAAGUUGUUUCGCGCGUUCGCCGCGCGCGACGGCGGGGCGCCGUGGCGACGCGCGAGCGACGCGGACGGCGCGCGCGUGUAUCGCCGCGCGUCGGCGAGCGCGGCGUCGAGGGCGCACCAAGUGCUGGGGGUGACGGAGACGAGGGCGAGCGCGGAUGAGGUGUUCGCGUUCUUUAGCGAGGCGAGCGCGUUCGACGAACACUUUAAGAUUCUGGACGACAUGUUCAAGGGAGGGGACGUGCUGAGCUAUAGGUUGUACGACGACAUGGUGAAGACGACGGGGGGCGAGGGCGGUGCGGUCGAGCGCGCGGGGGCGGGUGGAGGAGAGGGGGCGAAAACGCGACGGCGCGCGCGGGGACUUUGGAAUCGAGGCGCGAAUUUCGGCGAGUUGUUCGAGCGGUUGGAGAGAUCGGCCAAGGCGAAGGCGCGAGACGCGAAGGCGCGAGGGACGGGGCGCGCGAGCGAGGGGAAUCGGUCGGCGAUGGAGACGAUCGAGUCGGUGCCGCCGGAGCGGCCCGACGCGAGUAAUCCGCUCGGAUGUCGUCCGGGACACGCGAUUUUGCGAGGGACGUUUAGGCUUCCGUCCAUCAUACGCGACCGCGAUUUCGUGUGGGAGCAAUUGACGAUGAAGAUGCCGAACGGGGCCGUCGUCGUCGCCGCGCAAUCGAUCGAAAAUGGCGUCGUCAACGCCGUGGCGCCGCCGCUCGAGGGACACGUGCGCGGUGCAAUUCUCGUUUCGGGAUACUACGCCGUGCCGAAUCGGGAGACCGGUGGAUCGACGUUGUUUUACGUCGUUCAGGCCGACCCGAAAGGCGUGCUCCCGAUGUGGGUGGUGAACUUGGUGGCGCCGGAUCAAGCGCAAAACGUCGCUCGACUUCGUAACCACCUCGACGGGCCGAAGAAGUGA